AGUCAUUCGAUGUCCAGUUUGCAGCCAAGAAUGUGCAGAGAGACACAUCAUAGACAAUUUUUUUGUGAAGGACACUACUGAAGUUCCCAGCAGUACAGUAGAAAAAUCUAAUCAGGUGUGUACAAGCUGUGAGGACAAUGCAGAAGCUAAUGGGUUUUGUGUAGAGUGUGUUGAAUGGCUCUGUAAGACAUGCAUCAGAGCUCAUCAACGGGUGAAAUUCACAAAAGACCACACUGUGAGACAGAAAGAAGAAGUAUCUCCAGAAGCAGUUGGUGUGACCAGUCAGCGACCAGUGUUUUGUCCUUUUCAUAAAAAGGAGCAACUGAAGCUUUACUGUGAAACAUGUGACAAACUGACUUGUCGGGACUGCCAGUUAUUAGAACAUAAAGAACAUAGAUACCAAUUUAUAGAAGAAGCUUUUCAGAAUCAGAAAGUGAUCAUAGAUACACUAAUCACCAAACUGAUGGAAAAAACAAAAUACAUAAAAUUCACAGGAAAUCAAAUCCAAAGCAGGAUAAUUGAAGUAAAUCAAAAUCAAAAACAGGUGGAACAAGAUAUUAAAGUUGCUAUAUUUACAUUGAUGGUAGAAAUAAAUAAAAAAGGAAAAGCUCUACUACAUCAACUUGAGAGCCUUGCAAAGGACCAUCGCAUGAAACUUAUGCAACAACAGCAGGAAGUGGCUGGACUUUCUAAACAGUUGGAACAUGUCAUGCAUUUUUCUAAAUGGGCAGUUUCCAGUGGCAGUAGUACAGCUUUACUAUAUAGCAAGCGACUGAUUACAUACCGGUUACGGCAUCUACUUCGAGCUAGAUGUGAUGCUUCUCCAGUAACCAACAAUACCAUCCAGUUUCACUGUGAUCCUAGUUUCUGGGCUCAAAAUAUUCUUAAUUUAGGUUCUUUAGUAAUUGAAGAUAAAGAGAGUCAGCCUCAAAUGCCUAAGCAGAAUCCUGUCGUGGAACAGAAUUCACAGCCACCAGGUGGUUUAUCUUCAAACCAGUUAUCCAAGUUCCCAACACAGAUCAGCCUAGCUCAAUUACGACUCCAGCAUAUGCAGCAACAGGUAAUGGCUCAGAGGCAACAGGUGCAACGGAGGCCAGCACCUGUGGGUUUACCAAACCCUAGAAUGCAGGGGCCCAUCCAGCAACCUUCCAUCUCUCAUCAGCAACCCCCUCCACGUUUGAUAAAUUUUCAGAAUCAUAGCCCAAAGCCCAACGGACCAGUUCUUCCUCCUCAUCCACAACUGAGAUACCCACCAAAUCAGAGUAUGCCACGACAAGCAAUAAAGCCCAACCCCCUACAGAUGGCUUUCUUGGCUCAACAAGCCAUCAAACAGUGGCAGAUCAGCAGUGGGCAGGCUGCCCCAUCAACUGCCAGCAGUGCGUCCUCUACCCCUUCCAGCCCCACCAUCACCAGUGCAGCAGGAUAUGAUGGGAAGGCUUUUGGUUCCCCUAUGAUAGACUUGAGCUCACCAGCUGGAGGUUCUUACAAUCUUCCUUCUCUUCCAGAUAUUGACUGUUCAAGUACUAUUAUGCUGGACAAUAUUGUAAGGAAAGAUACGAGCAUAGAUCAUGGCCAGCCACGACCACCAUCAAACAGAACUGUCCAGUCACCAAAUUCAUCAGUGCCAUCUCCAGGCCUUGCAGGACCUGUUACGAUGACUAGUGUACACCCACCCAUACGUUCACCUAGUGCCUCCAGCGUUGGGAGCCGAGGAAGCUCUGGUUCUUCCAGCAAACCAGCAGGAGCUGAUUCUACACACAAAGUACCAGUGGUCAUGUUGGAACCAAUUCGAAUAAAACAAGAAAACAGUGGACCACCUGAAAAUUAUGAUUUUCCUGUUGUUAUAGUGAAACAAGAAUCAGAUGAAGAAUCCAGACCUCAAAACUGUUGUCUUUUUCCAUUGCAGACCAACUAUCCAAGAAGUAUUCUUACCUCCCUGCUCUUAAAUAGUAGUCAGAGCUCUGCUUCUGAGGAGUCUGUGCUAAGAUCAGAUGCUCCUGACAGCACAGGAGAUCAGCCUGGACUUCACCAGGAAAAUUCCUCAAAUGGAAAGCCUGAGUGGCUUGAUGCCUCCCAGAAGUCACCCCUUCAUGUUGGAGAGACAAGGAAAGAGGAUGACCCCAAUGAGGACUGGUGUGCGGUUUGUCAGAAUGGAGGGGAACUCCUAUGCUGUGAGAAGUGUCCCAAAGUGUUCCACCUUUCUUGUCAUGUGCCCACAUUGGCGAACUUUCCCAGUGGAGAGUGGAUUUGUACUUUCUGCCGAGAUUUAUCUAAACCAGAAGUUGAAUACGAUUGUGAUGCUCCUAGUCACAACUCAGAAAAAAAGAAAACUGAAGGCUUUGUUAAAUUAACACCAAUAGAUAAAAGGAAGUGUGAGCGCCUACUUUUAUUUCUUUACUGCCAUGAAAUGAGUCUGGCUUUUCAAGACCCAGUUCCUCUCACUGUGCCUGACUAUUACAAAAUAAUUAAAAAUCCAAUGGACUUAUCAACUAUUAAGAAAAGACUACAAGAGGAUUAUUCCAUGUACACAAAGCCUGAAGAUUUUGUAGCUGAUUUUAGAUUGAUCUUUCAAAACUGUGCUGAAUUCAAUGAGCCUGAUUCAGAAGUAGCCAAUGCUGGCAUAAAACUUGAAGGUUAUUUUGAAGAACUUCUAAAGAACCUUUAUCCAGAAAAAAGGUUUCCUAAAGUAGAAUUUAGGAAUGAAUCAGAAGAUAAUAAAUUUAGUGAUGACUCAGAUGAUGACUUUGUACAGCCCCGGAAGAAACGCCUCAAAAGCAUAGAGGAACGCCAGUUGCUUAAGUAAGCAGCACUAUCGGCAUAUGCUGGUUUUUAGAUUUUUGUUUUUGUUUUAAUUUCAAAGAACAUUUUGUCAAUAAUUUAACAUUACAAAGAAGAAUUUGUGAUCACUCUGAUCUAUAAGUUUUUGAUGUUUACUCAACUUUGAUCUCCUUAAUAAUUCGUUUCUUUUAACCUAAUUAAGAAAAAAAGAAAAAGGAAGGAGGAAGAAUGGAAGAGUCAUCAAAAACAAAAUAAAAUGACACUGUUAAUCCUCCCAUUCCUUGGAUUUAAAAACCACAGUCUGGGUGAUAGCUACUAUAGAAGGAAGUAGACUUUGUAUGAAAUUUUAAUGUGGUUUGGAUGUGUGCAUUAAUCAGUUUUUAGAAAAUACUACUCCCCAUUCAGUAUGGCCAACCGUGAGUUAUGCGCUGCACUGAAGGGCAGUACUGACUCCAUGGACAUGAGUGGUAAGAGGAGUCUAGUCCAGGAUGCUGGCUGAGACAACAAAAGGUAGACUAGAUGCUAUUGAGAAGGCACCUAACAGUGCAUCAUGUAAGAUGGCGGCUGUAUUAAAGAAAAAGCAGGAAAAUGAACAUUUCAUUUUUGGUUUUGGUUUUUUCUUGUCUGUAGAGGUGUUUGGUGUAGCAGAUUUUCAAGGAUGUUUUUCAUACAUUUCUAUAUUUUUUCCCACUGAGGAAAUAAGUGUACACGUUUGGUUUUGCUGUGUGUCUCUGUGUGGGUUGUUUUCUUAACAGUGCAGAUGGUCCUUUUAUAACGAAACAUUGUUUGCAGUAUGGCUUUUGAUGGAAUUACACAAAAUAUGAAAUAUAGCAAUGUAUACCAUAUUUUAUGUGAGAAUUCUUCAGCAUAAACCUUACUGAACAUUAAAUACCAGUUUCCCUAAAGGGGAUGAGUUUUCUGUCUUUAUAAUUUGAAGCGAAAAUGUGUUGUGAGGUUUGGGAUCAGGCAUUGGAGGGAACUAUAGUGACGAUUUAAUUUUUCUGAAGCAUGGAGUUCCCUGUUUUAGGAGUCACAACUCCAGAUAGUCUUUGAUCAGACCUUUGAUCAGAUUAGAAUUUCAUUUUCAUUCUCCUGAGGGCAAGCAUAUCAUUAAUUGGUCAGACCUUGCUAGUUUAACUGGCAUUCAUUUAUCCCUCUUACUCAUUUAACUGUCAAGAGAACUAGAUUCAGGUAGAAGAAAAUUGUGCCAUUUGCCAAACUUAACAUUAGACCAAAAACUUGCACAUGUGUUUUAUUAGAUUACCAGUGUAAAACCCUUUACUUAUACAACAGUAAUUGACUAAGGACAGUUUUCUUUCUAGGCUGUUAGAAUUAAAAUGUAGCUGACUUGAGAGGAUGCUACUCUCUAGGUUGCAUCAGUUCCUGUGAGUUAAACAUAGAGGGCUGGCUUUACCCACAUGGCAUUGCUUCUUAAAAUGGACCAUUUUAAAAAUACUCUUGUGACUAAUUCGUUGAGUUUUUGGAUAUUGCUAGAGAGUAAAUGUGAAAGAACAGCUUAAUUGCACUAGCACCCCACUUUCUGUGUAGACAGAUCUUCAUAUUCAACUGUAUUAAUAGUUAAAAAGUCAGUCACUUUUCCACAUUUGCAUUACAGGGUUAUAUUGUCAUUAAGAAUAGACUGAACAAAUUUGUUAACAGUUAUUUGGCUCUAUCACAGCAGCUGUGGAGUUUUGGCUAAUAAUUAGCUUAUUGUGGUAUUAAUAAGUAUUUUAGAAUUUUGUUCUUCUAUACUUGUGUCAUGAGUUAAAACAGCCAUUUUUGAGGGUCACAAAGGGCAGUAGCACUUAAGAAAGUUAAAAAUAGGAUUUUCUAAAUUUAUGUGAACCAGUUUCUUCUAAUGUACCCAGAACUUUAUAGUCAGUGCUAUACUAAUCUCUUAAAACAAUAUUUCUGUUUCACCCUUACCAUCUUUUACUAAAUGAAGGGCAAUUAAGAACCAUCUUUUUUAAUCCUCCAUAAUUGAAAUUAUAUUAAAAGUUUUUCUCAAGCAGCCUUUGUGGUCAAUAUAAAUAAAAGUUCUGCGACCUUUUCAGGAAUCAUCUGUGUGCCCAGGUGAGCCCCAGCUAAGUAGCUCUUUAUUUCUAACAGUAAGCUGUGAAAUGAACUUCACCAAGCCCCAUGCUCACUCGGCAUUCUCCCAAAAGGUGAGUGCAGUUCAAGCAACCUUGAACUAACCUGCAAACACUCCAGUGUUCACAUCUGAUCAAAACCUCCAGCAGAUUUUCCUCUUGAUUUGGGACCAAGAGCCCACCAGACUUUGCACAGUACCGUGAGACUUUCAGUGCAGAAUGUGCUCACAUCUUUGGUCAGAGACUAUGAAUGAGCUGAUUGUGGGAGUUAGGAUUACUCAGUUCCAGCUCAUUCUAAAGCUUUCUUCAAUAAGGAAACCCAAGUACAUAUCCAGUGAUUUAUAAGGUUAUGGGAGAAGUGUGAAUGUACUGAAA